CAAAAUCUUAAUCUUAGAUCUCUACCUUUUUAGUUUGAAGCUCACCGAAAUUUCAUUUAUAUAUAAGUCACCACAUAAUCUUUGCAUCUUGACAUAACCAUCAUGAGCGGAACCCAAGACAGAGUUGCCCACGGCAAUGAAAAAGAUUACGGUCGUCGUCUGCUGCCUCAUGUAGUUGACGACAUUGCCAGCAGAGAACCUGAGCGCGAAUGUUUUUCUAUCCCGCGAACCUCUGACCCUAAGGAUGGUUGGAAGCCGGUGACAUUCAAGCAGUACGCCAACGCCAUCAAUCAUGUCGCUCGUAGAAUUAUCAACAACUGUGGCCAUCCUCCCGUCAAUGCUUGCCCCACGAUUGCCUACGUCGGACCUAAUGAUGCUCGCUACAUUGUCCUAACACUAGCUGCUGUUAAGGCGGGAUACAAGGCCCUGUUUAUUUCACCUCGUAACUCCCAGGAAGGGCAGUUGAGUCUUUUUGACAAGACGGACUGUCACAUUCUUGUUUUCCCGAAGUCACAUCGCACAAUGGUGCAACCUUGGUUGCACGAACGAGAUAUGCAAGCCAUUGAGACCGGUCCCAUCGAGAAUUGGUUCCCAGAGACGGAGGUAGAGCCGGUGCCAUACCCCAAGACCUUCGAAGAAGCGAGAUGGGAGCCGCUUUGCGUUCUCCACACCAGUGGCUCGACCGGUAUUCCCAAGCCCAUUGUCGUUCGCCACGGCAUGAUGGCGAUCAGCGACAUCUACCAUACAAAGCCGGAUUGGAACGGACACAAGAUCUUCAUCAAAGGAUUUUGUGAAAAUAUCAAAAGAAAUUUCUUCACAAUGCCCCUGUUCCAUGCCGCUGGAUUAUUCGCCUUCUUGAUUAUUGCUAUAUAUUUUGAAACGCCAGCGGCACUUGGUAUUCCUGAAAGACCUUUGUCGGCUGAUUCUGUAGCCGAGUCCCUUGAAAAUGCUGACGUACAAGGGACAAUGCUUCCACCUGCCAUUCUUGAAGACAUGAGCCAAAGCGAGCGCUACAUUGAGUCUCUGAGAAAGUUGAACAUAGUAUACUUCGCUGGCGGAAAUCUAGCGAGGGAGGCUGGAAAUAGAUUGGUUGAGAGCGGCGUCAAGCUUGCUAAUGUCAUCUCUGCUACGGAAUUCUUCCCAUUCCCAGUCUACUUGCAGCCUAAUACUAAGUUGUGGCAAUACUUUAUUAUCCACACAGAAGACUUUGGAGCGGAUUGGAGAAAAGUAGAAGGCGAGGAUGAUGUUUAUCAGCUGGUCUGCGUACGCAAGGAUAAAGAACCAGGCAUCCAGGGGUUCUUCUACACGUUCCCGGACGAUAACGAGUACGAUACGAAGGACUUGUAUAAGCCACAUCCCACUCUGCCUGAUCACUGGAUCUACUACGGACGCGCAGACAAUAUCAUCGUCUUCUCCACCGGCGAAAAGCUAAACCCCGUGACCAUAGAAGAGAUAGUCUCUGACCAUCCCGAUCUGAAAGGCGCCCUCGUAGCCGGAACGGGACGCUUCCAACCGUGUUUGCUACUAGAACCAGUGUCACAACCCAAGAACGAAACCGAAGCUCAAGAGCUUAUUGACAGGGUAUGGCCCUUGGUAGUCACCGCGAACAAAGAGACGGUUGCCCAUGGCCAGAUCGGGCGAGAAUUUGUUAGGCUAUGCCCUCCCGAGAAGCCUUUCCUGCGAGCUGGAAAGGGCACAAUUCAAAGAGCAGGCACAUUGAAAUUGUAUAAAGACGAAAUCGACGAGCUGUAUGAGAAGGCCGGCCAGGUGGCGGAUGGAGCCGCGCCUGAAUUGAACCUCAGCUCUGAACAGACUCUGAUCGAGUCCAUUCAGGACUUGUUCCACAGCAGGCUCGACAGUGGACAAGUUCUCGAGCCAGACACUGAUUUCUUUGCUUCUGGUAUCGACAGUAUGCAAGUAAUUGGUGCCUCUCGAUUGCUUCGCGCCGGACUAGAAUCCGCAGGCCACCAAGUCGACGCCGACGCUAUUGCAACGCGUGUUAUCUACGGCAAUCCUACACCUGAGAAGUUGGCCAAAUACAUACUAUCUCGUGUCCGACAGGGCAACGUGCCCACUGCCGUAGCGGAGGAGGAGCACGAAAUCGACGAUAUGAACGCGUUGUGGCAGAAAUACACAAAAGACCUACCAAAGGCGAAGCCGGGUCGUCCAAACCCCUCAGACGAUGGGCAGGUAGUAGUCCUGACGGGCUCUACAGGCAUGUUGGGGUCGUACAUGCUUGAUCAGAUGAUUAGAAGCCCCCGAGUGAAGAGGAUCAUCUGCCUCAACCGGUCACAGGAUGGCGGCAAGGAGCGGCAGGCGCAGGCAAUGAAGCAACGCGGACUAUCCACGGACGACUCAAAGUGCACAUUCUUACACGCCGACAUGUCCCGAUCCGACUUCGGACUUCCGCGCGACGCAUUCAACGAGCUACUCGCAACGGCAGACCGGUUCAUCCACAACGCGUGGCCCGUCAACUUCAACAUCCCGGUGCAAUCCUUCGAGCCGCACAUCCGGAGCGUCCGCAACAUCGGCGACUUCGCGGCGCAGGCGGCGAAGCGCGUGGCCGUGGUCUUCAUCUCGUCGAUCGGCACGGGCGAACGGUGGGACACGAGCGCCGGGAAACUCCCCGAGAAGCGCCUCGAAGACCUCGCGCUGCCUGCGGCCGGCUACGGACGCAGCAAGAUGGUGGGCAGUCUGAUCCUCGAGGACGUGGCGCAGGCGGGCGACUUCCCGGCGGCCAUGAUCCGCGUAGGCCAGAUCGCGGGGCCGCAGGCCGAGAAGGGGUUCUGGAACAAGCAGGAGUGGCUGCCGUCGAUCAUCGCGAGCAGUCUGUACCUCGGGGCGCUGCCGUCGGACCUGGGGAGUUUCGAGCGCGUGGACUGGACGCCGGUGGAGAGCAUCGCGGGGCUCGUGCUCGACGUCUCUGGGGUAUCGCAGGACGUCGGCGCAGAUGAGAUUGCCGGCUACUACCACGGCGUGAACCCUUCGGCGACGACGUGGACGGCGCUAGCGCCCGCGGUGCAAGAAUUCUACGGCACGGAGCGGAUCAAGGAGCUCGUGAGUUUCCGCGAGUGGGUUGAGAGAUUGGAUGAAAGCCAGACGGGAGACAUGCAGGCGCUAGACAAGAACCCCGGCGUCAAGCUGUUGGAUUCGUACCGCGGGAUGGCGGCCGAGGGAGUGAAGCCCGUUGUCUUCGACAUGGCGCGUACGACGCUGCGGAGCCCCUCGAUGCGCGAGGCGAGACCCGUGACGACGGAGUUGAUGAGACACUGGUGUCGACAAUGGAACUUUUGAGAGGGGAGUUGAGGCUAUUUACCUACCUAUGCUAUGUACUUGUUUUGACCCAACCCUCUCUCUGUUCACUGGUCAGGAUAGGAGAUACAGGUGUCUUUAUUUGAUUUUAUAUAUAAGCAGGCUAAUUUAGAAAUUUUCAUUAAUUCAUGAACCAUUAAUAAACAUACAACUUGACCUUUCGUGUACAACUUGCGUGUCCAAGUGUAGCAGGUAUGUACCGUAGAGGUGAGGUGGUCUUUCUUCAACUU